AUGUGCGAUAGUGAUCCUGCGACAGUUGAGAUGGAUGAUGAAAUCGAGAAUGUGUAUACAGAAGGUAUCAAACUUCAAGGUGCUCAACCAACUGCUCUAAUGAAGGAAUCAGUUCCAGAAGAGAUAACUGCAGUGGACAAGUCUGCUAUUCCUUCUAAUGAUUUGAUGACUGAUGCUGUUUUGCGACUUGCAAGUAAGCCUAAGUUGUUUCGGUUUCAACAAAUGUGGCUUAGAAGAGCUGAGUUUAAAGAUGUAGUCCAAGAGAGUUGGUCUCAGCCGGUCAGAGGAUUUGGAAUGCUUGCCUUUUCAACAAAGCUUCGAAGAUUGAAAAUGAAGCUCAAAGAAUUGAAUAAGGAGCCCUUUGGUGAUGUUUUCAAGAAUCUGAAGUUGGCGGAUGAUAGGGUGCACGAUAUGGAAAUCGUUUUUGAUCAUUCUGGGCUGAGUGAGAAGGAAAUGCUUGUUGGCAUGGUGACAAUGGAUGAAGUGAAACAUGAGGUCUUUGCCCUUGGUGAAGAUAGUGCUCCGGGAGUAGAUGGUUUUGGUGGAUCUUUCUAUAGUUCUCAAGCAAAUGGAGAAAAGGUAUCAAUGGUUUCUUUGGCAAGGCUCAAAUGGAGAGAGGCGCGAGCUCUGGAGGUCAUGAGAUCGUUUAAAUUCCCUACUUCAGAAAAUGGGUUAGAGGCUGCCAAGCGGAAAGCCACUUGGAUUCAAAUUAAAUCAGUGGAUUAUGAGGCAAUUCGACAAACAAAGGUUCAAGGAGGAGAUAGAUCUUUUUGGUUUGAUAAUUGGGCACCGGAUGGUGUGAUUUGGGAGUCUCUUCAUGAGUCUCCGAUAAUGCCUAACUUGACAAUUAAUGAAUUCUUUUCUAAUAAGAUUACGUUGUUGUCUGCCUUGCAGCGAUCUUUGAGUCCAAUUGUAAGGCAAAAAUUGACACAUAUGGAUUUGAUUUUGAAUGAUGAACGGGAUAAGUUGGUUGGGCAGUGUACUGCUUCGGGUGAAUUCACCAUUAAGUUAGCCAACUUCAGAUUGCGACGAAGGCAUUUGGAGAAUCUUUUGGCGAGAAAAUUUUGGCAUAAGGCUUCGGGACAAGUUUUUGGUACCUUUUCUGGAAAUACGAUGUCGUUUUGGUAUUCAUGUCAGGCCUUCCAUGCAUUUGUUUUGUAA